CAGCAGGGGUCGCCAUCAAGUUGUUGUCGCUCUGACCGUCGAAGAAGAAGAAGACGCGCUCUCUUCCGUUUCCGUCCACCGACGCCUCUUCCUUUCUGCCCGCUAACGUCGAAGAGAACACGCGUUCGCCUUUGUAGCUCAAGAUGCGUUACGUCGCUGCUUACCUGCUGUCCACCUUGGCUGGAAAUGAAAACCCCGAGGCCAAGGAAAUCAAGAAGAUCCUGGAAAGUGUUGGCAUUGAGGCCGAUGACACCCGCAUGGAAAAGGUCAUCUCUGAGCUCAAGGGCAAGAAUGUGAAUGAGGUGAUCGCAUCAGGUUACGGUAAGCUGGCCAGCAUGCCAGCAGGCGGAGCCGUGGCCGUUGCCAGCUCUGCGGGCGCCGGCUCAGGCGGAGCCGCAGCCCCUGCUGCAGCUGCUGAGGAGAAGAAGGAAGAGAAGAAGGAAGAGUCUGAGGAGUCCGAUGACGACAUGGGAUUCGGCCUGUUCGACUAAACCUUUUCAAAAGAUGAAUAAAGUUUAUAAAAAAAACUCA